GUGGACAUCCUUAAGAAUGAUACAAGCUAAGCACUACGUCCUCUUCAUACACAAAUUUUUGCCAUAGAACAGUCUGUUUUUUGGUUUAUGUGGACCAAAAAAAGAACUGAAUAAAAAUAUUUAUUCAUUAUUCAAUAUUUUGUUGUGUCGAAAUGAGUCUGCACUCACUGACUGAAUACAUAGACGACAUUAAAAUGUCAAGACGGAGGGGAAAGGAAUAUGAGAAUAUUGAUUAUACCAAACUGCAACCAACUGAUAAUGGAAGUUUUGUUGAUGCACAAUUUGUCGCUCCGGCUCAGAAUGUUCCUUGGAAAGCUAUAACUUUAGCUACUUUGCUUCUUGUUGUUGGGUCCUUCCUAUUAAUUUUUGGUAUUUUGGUGGUAAGUGGCCAUAUUGCGCUAAGCUAUUCAGAUAGAAUGUGGCCAAUGAUUAUCCUGGGACUGUUGAUGUUCAUCCCAGGAGCUUAUCAUGUCAGAAUUGCAUAUUAUGCUUAUAAAGAAGUUCCUGGGUAUUCAUUCGAUGAUAUACCUGAAUUUGAUUGAUAUGUUAUUCAUGGAGAAUUGCGCAGUCAAAUUUUUUUGUACAAAAUGAAGCUUCAAGCAUAUAGUGUAGAUCUUUGUUCGAUUCAAGUCAACAUAGAAAAGAUCCAGAUUUUAUAUGCUUCAUUAUUCUAACAAAAUACUUGAAAACAUAUCUCUGCAAAAUGUGCCUUUUUACGUUCCGAAAGAUGAUUAGCCUCAAAGAGGUUUCUUUUAAAAAAAGGCAAUAUAAUAAGAUUUUUGUGAUAUCUUUAGAAUUCCUGAGAUAAGCAUACUCUUAUUGCAUGACUAACACUUUCAUCCCAUUUAGAUGUUAAAGCCAAUUUUGAUGGAUAUGGAUUAAGUUGCACCAAAGUACCUGCUGUUAAAGGAUCGUAGAUCAAGUCCUUGAACUAUUUGUUUUUACUCAAAUGUUAACAUAAAAAUAUAUAUAAUUUA